AUGAUGAAGUGGAUAACGGUGAUAGUUGUGCUGGCCGUUAUUCCGGUGAUGUGCUCCGGAGACUGCCUAAAAAUCGGGUUCUACGAUAAAACGUGCCCGUCUGCGGAGAAACUGGUACGCAAGGCGGUUGCCUCCGUCUUUGCCAGCAACCCGGGAAUUGCCGCCGGACUCAUUCGCAUGCACUUCCACGAUUGCUUCGUCAGAGUAAGCAUUCUCCACCUUCUCUCUCUCUCUCUCUCUCUCUCUCUCUCUCUCUCUCUCUCUCUCUCUCUCUCUCUCUCUCUCUCUCUCCCUCUCUCUCUCUCCCUCUCUCUCUCUCUAUCUAUCUAUCUAUCUCUAUCUAUCAAUCUAUCUAUCUAUUUAUCUAUCUGUAUAUCUAUCUACAUAAAUAUCUCUAUUAUUCUCUCCUACUCACUCUUGCUCCCCCACCUCCCUCCCUCGAUCUUCUUCUUCCAUUUAUGUGACCCGAUUCCCGGCCGCAUGCACUUCAUCCGUGUCUCAAUCGACUUAGCCUUCAGAGCUUGACCGCUGAUCUCAUUCCCAGGGCUGCGACGCCUCGGUGCUCCUCAACACCACCCCGGGGAACCCCUCCGAGAAGGAUGCGCUCCCCAAUCUGAGCCUCCGCGGCUUCGAGGUGAUCGACGCCGCUAAGGCGGCCAUCGAGGCCGCGUGCCCCGACGUCGUCUCCUGCGCUGACAUCCUCACCUUCGCCGCCCGUGACAGCGCCGCCCUCGCCGGCAACAUCUCCUACCAAGUCCCCGCCGGCCGCCGGGAUGGCGUCGUCUCCAACAUCUCUGAGGUCAACCUGCCUUCCCCGUUCGCUAACGCCAGUGAUCUCAUCCGACGCUUCGCCCAGAAGAACCUGACACCCGACGAGCUGGUCACCCUCUCUGGCGCCCACUCCAUCGGGAUCUCCCACUGCGGGGCCUUCCUCAACCGGAUCUUCCGGAACGGUAGCAGCCAGAUCGACCCGACUCUGAGCCUCUCAUACGCCGAGCUGCUGCAAGCCAAGUGCACGCCCACACCGUUGGCUAAUACCACGGUGAGGCUGGACCUGAUCACCGCCGACGUCCUGGACAACAAGUACUACUUGGGGCUUGAGAAUAAUCUCGGGCUGUUCACCUCAGACCACGCUCUGACGACGGUGGCCGCCCUCAAGGCGGCGGUAGAAGUCAACGCCAGGAACCCUGCUGUGUGGGCAGAGAAGUUCAAGCGCGCCUCGGUGAAGAUGGGGCGCAUCGAGGUGCUUACGGGUAAGGAAGGCGAGAUCCGGAAGCAGUGCAGCGUCAUUAACAGCCGCCCCCGUUUGGCCGUGGAAUAA